UUUACACGGCUCACAAAGGCAUGCACCCGUCUGGAGGGGUCUUUGCUGUGCAGGACACCUAGGAGCUGCCCUAUGAGGCUUCUCCCCCACCCCCCUUUUUCUGACCGGCCUCCUUAAGAAGGUCCCAGGGGGCAGAAAGCGGAGCCCGGUGUUUUGUUCUUAUAGGGAGGAAAAAGUUUCGCAGAGUAACGCUGACAUCCAGGAAAUGAGUAAGACAGAAAGCGACCAAACCAGGCACGGCUAGCGGUGAGAAAAGUGAGCAUGGGGCUAAGAAGAAAGGAAGAGAUCCCGGGAAGCCUUUACCCAGCGCAUCGGCCGGUGGCUCCGUGAGCCAGUGUGUGGACGUUUACCAAGGCGAGGGAGAGGGGGCUGCCGUUUGCAACAGCACCGAAGUGGCUGGCGACAAGGCGCAGGAAGGAAUCGCCAUGCCAGCAGGCAUCUUCCGGGUGUGUCUGGUGGUGAUUACGGCCAUCGUCAACCACCCACUCCUCUUCCCCAAAGAGAAUGCCACCGUUCCUGAGUACGCUGAGGACAUCAUCCAGAAGAUGAAGGCGCAUGAGGAGAACCUCCGGCUGGAGCAGCUGCGUUUGGAGCAAGAGAUUGCCGGACAGGAGGCCGCGCUAAAGACUUUGGAAAAGGCCACAGAGACGGAGGAGCAGAACAUCAAGGAACCUCUCCCCUGGGACUUGUGGAGCGCCAUGUCCAUGGUCAUCUUCCUGCUGAUCGAGCUCUGGAGGCAGGAUUACCAAGAUGGGAACUGGCAGGAGUCAGCCUGUGAGGAAGACGACAUGGCCGUUCUAGGGAAAGCAUUCAAGGGCGUGGCCCUCCCAGACAAGGCCGCGUUGGCCAACUUCUACGAGAGGUGUAUCCUGGGUGCCACCGGUGACAUGGCUAGGAAGCGAGAGUUGGUGGAAGGCUUUGCGGAUGACUUGCUGGAGGCCCUGAGGAGCGUGUGUAACCGGGACGCCGACAUGGAAGUGGAGGAGUCCAUAGGGGUGGGGAGCAUGUACGAAAACUGGAGGGUGAACAAGCCUUUGGUUUGCGACUUGAUCGUCCCUUUCACGCCCCCAGAGCCAUACUGUUUCCGAUCCCAGACCUGGUGCUCAAGGGAGUCAGUCCGACCAGACAAACAAGGCUACGGCACCAUAAAAGUCUGCAGGGCGGAUGAGGAUGUAGCAGGUUGCAUCUGUGGCAAGACUAAGCUGGGGGAAGACAUGUUGUGCCUCCUCCAUAGCCAAACCAACCAGACCAGGCCCAGCGGUGAGAUGGAGGAUCUGCUGUGCUUCAAGAAUACCCAGUAUCUGGAUGCCGACCAGGUCAUGAAGUGGUUCCAGAUCGCGAUCACCAAGUCUUGGAACAAAAUCUCCCACAAAUAUGAAUUCGACGUCACCUUCAACCUCUUGGACGCACCGGGAGCCCUGAAGAUAAAAUUCAGGUCUGGGAAGUCCAUUGCCUUUAAUCUCACCCCUGUGGUACAGUGUGAAGACUCGGAUGCCUAUUUCAUCUCCCAUUUCCCCCGCAGCGGCCUGACAGCUGAUCCUGCCUCCAGUACUGACUGGUUUGUUACUUUUGCGGUGUACGAGAGGAGGUUCAUCCACUCCAUCUCCAAAAAGCUGCCUGCCAAUGCCUGCCACCUUAGCUGCCUUCAGAUCCUCUCCUUCCUUCAUGGAAAGCAGUGCAGCUUAACAGGUCCAAGCAGCCUCACCAACUACCACCUGAAGACAGUGAUGCUGCAUUUACUGCAGGCCCGGCCCUAUCAGGACUGGGCCUCUGAGAACCUGGAGGCCAGGCUGCAAGACAUGCUGAAGUUCCUGGAGAAAAGCCUGCAGGAAAAGAAGCUCUGCCACUUUUUCAUUGGAAACCGGAAGGUGCCAGAGAUGCUGAACUUCCCAGUAGUGUUCCAGAAGGCAGAGCCACUCAACCUUUUCCGUCCAUUUGUUCUGCACAGGGACGCUUACAGAAAGACAGUGGACACGUUUCAUGAGAUGCUGAGGAACACAUCCGCACUGAUAAAUGAGUACACAGUGCACAUUCCCUCUGUGGGACACACAAAUAUGCUCCACAAAGAAUCCCUUUAGCAGGACCAGUGGAGAAAUGCUCUUCCACCAAGCACAAGUUCCUGGGGCAUCGCAGAAACCUCUUGUAGGCAGUUGACUUCAGCAGGAGAGACUCUCUCCUUUCAUGGAAACCAGUGCAGGCCCUGGUUUCUUCAGAGUGGGAGCAGAAGAAAGAAGGGGAGAAACUGAAAGAUUUAUGCUGUCAAAUGUCCCUCCACUCCACCAAUGGGUUGGCUGGUUUGUUUUUUCACAUUGUGCACCAGUUCCUGUGGUGGUGACAAGCAACAGACAGGACUAAUCUAUUCAGGUGUUGCAAUGCAAAUAUUGGGGGUUAUUCAGAAUCUCUAAUCAAAUAUUUAGUUUGUUUUUAAAGGAGGAGGAAGGGAAGGGGAUGAGAGGGAAACUAAGAUGGCUCCCACAAAAAAAAUAAUGUUGCAAAUGAGACCUCCUACUUGUAAAAAGCAACAGCCCUGUGACUGCAGCUUGAAAGUUUAGUAACAGCUGGUUUUUCUGUGUUUGGGGGUGGAGGGAGUUAAAACCCAGACUCUGCAGAUGAAUUUCAAUCCCCCAUAUAGCAGCAGAGAAAGCAGCAUUGAAAUCAACCAUCGUUUUUUAAACUAAUGGGAAUUCAAGUUGCAAAAGUGCCCACCUAGUAGGACUUUCAGCUGCAGCAAAACAACCUCUUCCCCUUUCCUCCCCCACCCAAAUACAUAUUUCCUGUACCUUGCAAAAUCCUUCUCCCUUGGGAAGCAUACCGGAGACAGGGAGCAGGAUGCAUUUGUGAUACAAUUAUAAUUAGUCUCUUUCGUUAUCAUCCUGGUAAAGGGCAGGGGAGUAGACUUCGUGCCUGGGUGAGCAUAUGGUCAGGACAGUGUCCCAUUGCUGUUCUGAAUAACACAAUCGAGCAUUCUUUUGAUGUUCGUAUCCUUUGAGCAGCAAGACAGACACAAACAGAGCAGGUUCCUGAGGGACAAACUGUGUUUUCCACUUAAGCAGCUGAUAUGUGUGUAGAGGAACCCACUGAUGCCACUGUGAAAUGAGCCCAGAUAUAACAGUCUCCUAGCAGGGUAGGUAUUAACCUCGCAACCUGGUAUGAAUAAUCUGCCUGCCUGCUUUCGUAGGAUAAAAAAUGUACUAGAACUGCUAUGACUAAGAAAAAGAGUGGUACACAAGGGCAACUGGCAAACAGGAGCUUUAAAGCUGGAUGUGGCAAACUCUUAGUCUCCACAGUAAAACUGCUAUCCUGUCUCUCCUCCUAAACACCCCCCGGAAGGUCUCCAUCUGCAUCCAGACAAGACUGCCUCCAGUCUUCAGAAAUGCUGCUGCUUUGAUCAGUUGCUUUUAGGAGUCUCAGCUAGAGUGAGGCGAGGCCCACAGCCCUGUGGGACCAAAGCAUGGUGCAUUUACAGCCCCUCCCAAGCUUCAAGCAACUGCAGGAGAGCGAGAGUCUGAGGAUCAAGUCUUGGCUUCCAAAUCUGGAAGGCUUUAAACAAUUUUGUAUUUUGAGGUUAGGGCUCUUGUCUUAGCUGUAUACAUCACGUGGCUCUGUUUUUAGAAGAGGGGGAUACUGUCCUUGAGGGCUGUAUAGACAGCACUGGUGAUGCCACCUUACAGCAUUGUGCUGUAACCCACUCAACCUAGUUACGGCACUUCUGGAAAGUAGAUUUGAUCCCAUCUCAUUGAUAGUGACACCCUCUGGCAAUAGACGAAUUAUCCAGCCUGCUACUGAGAGUGAACCUUCAAGAGAAGGUUCCCCUUUCCAGGAGGACUCAUUAUCCCACCCUUCUUGAAUGGAUGCCCAAAUCCACCCUUCCAGUGGAAAAGGGGUCCUUAUACACAAAGGCAGAGGGCAUGAACUGAGAACUCGGGGGUUGUAAAUUUUGCUUCUGCCACUAGCUUGCAGCCAGCCUCAGGUGAUAUAAAUUGAGCCAUACCCUAGAGCAGGGGGUUGAGGGUUUUUAGGUGAUCACCGGUUUUAUCUCUAAUCUUACCUAUGACAUUAAAAGUGUUUUGGAUCAGAAAGUGACUUCUGCAUUGUUCAGAAGGGUGGGGGGAGGAGGAAGAAGGUCUAUUGGUUAAUGGCUGCGGCUAAAGUCUCUGAGCCACUUGAGAAGCGAAGUUGAUGGUCUCAAUGCCACAUUCUGGCAGCCAUCUGUCUGCAUCCCCAAACCACCACAUACCAUUGGUGGUCAUUUUUUUUCAGCAGAAGAACAAGACUGGAGUGACAGGGCAUGUCUGGCUGCUGUAGGUCGGGCAUGAGGUAGCAAGUGCUAUUGGGCUUUGGCUUUUAUCAGCACAGACCAUUAAACAACGAUGGGUAACCAAAGACAGUCACAAGGGACUAACGGGCAAUUUGGAUACAAUGAGCAAAAAUAUAAGGAAGGGUUUAGAGAGCUAUGGGGACUUGUAGAUACAUCAGACGCUCUGUGGAACAAUUUAAAACGAAAGUAAUGUGCCUCUGGGCAGCAGCUGAGUGCACAGUGCAUUGUACAGUGUGUCCUCACCAGCCCUAUCACGUGUAGGGUCUGGGGAGGCAGCUGUGGCUUAGGCCCCUCCUCAGUGGAUUAUUAUUACAGCUAGAGAGAAGUGAAAAUCAGUUUGACAUUUCCUGUGAGGAGUCUGAACUUAGCAUAUCAGAAGCACAGAAAGAAAUCCAUGACCCUGGUGACACAGGAAAUGACAUGUCAUGGACUGGAAAAAAAAAAAAAAGUUGA